GCGUUGCCUCGCUGGGGCCGUGCCUGGGGCGCUGGAGGCCGUGCCGUUCCGUUCCGUUCCGCGCAGUGCCGUGACGAGCCGGGCGGUAUGAUCGGCACUGUUCUCUGCUAUGUGCUGCUGCCGGGGGCGCGGCUCCUCCGGGCCCUCCGAGAUGCUUUCUUUACCUGUCGAAAGAAUGUGCUUCUGGCGAAGAGCACGUCCACCCAGAUAGAAGAGGUCUUUACUGCGAGCAGAGGAAGGUCAGUUCCAGAAGAACAAGAAGCCCUUCUUCAGCAGUGGCUGGGAGAAGGAGCAGAGAAUUUGCCAGGCAGUAAGAGGGCUCCGUCAGUGGCGAAAGUAUCAAUUACGCUCACUAAUGACUGGUUAGAAGGUUCAGAACUGUUGAUGACUAGCCUCAGUGAUCUGAAUUCAGCUCCAGAAGUCACCCAGUGUGCUGGUGAGCAUCUCACAGAGCUACAUGCCUUGGCCUCUUCGGAACCGAAAGACCACGCAGUGACUGAACUGGCAGAAUUACCAACAGAGGAAACAUUGGCUGUAGCAGGCAGUGCCCCUUCAGCAGCCGGGGUGCCACAGAAGGAUCAACAGACAGCUGGCUGUGCUGCUGUCAAUGUAGAACUGCAGAAUGAAGACCCAGCUGUGCUGGCUUGGAGUUUAGUGUGUGAUGAAGAGACGGUGCCAGCAGAGCCCCACGCCUGGCCCAUUCAGGAUAUGGUACAAUUUUCUUCUCUCCCGACAGAGGUACCCUACCAUGAGGUUUUAUGGAGAGACUGGGAAGACCUUUCUAUCAAGCCACGUGAGCUAGAGCAGGUCUCAAAAAACACUCCUCUCUUCGAAUUUCGAGUCAUGUCUUACAACAUCCUUGCCCAGGACCUGGUGGAGCAGAGCCUUGAUCUCUAUCAACACUGUCCUCCAGACAUCCUGAACUGGAACUACCGCCUUCCAAACCUUUUGCAGGAAAUCCAGCACUGGGAUCCUGAUGUUCUGUGUCUCCAGGAAGUGCAAGAAAACCAUUACUGGGAGCAGCUAGAACCAACAUUCAAGGGGAUGGGCUUCACAUGCUUUUAUAAGCGGAGAACUGGGAAGAAGACAGACGGCUGUGCAGUGUGCUAUAAGCACAGCAGGUUCCAGCUGAUCAGCUUCAGCCCCAUAGAAUACUUCCGUCCUGGCCUGGACGUCCUCAAUCGGGAUAACGUGGGCUUGGUGCUGCUGCUGCAGCCUCUGCUCUCAGAGGGCCUAGAUCUGAAGGCAGUCAGUCCUUUGUGUGUGGCUAACACUCAUGUGUUGUUCAAUCCCCGGCGGGGAGAUAUCAAACUGGCCCAAAUGGCCUUGCUCCUAGCAGAGAUAGACAAGAUUGCAAAAACUACUGAAGGAAGCUACUAUCCUGUCAUCUUGUGUGGAGACUUGAACUCUGUACCUGAUUCUCCGCUCUACAAGUUCAUCCGGAAUGGGGAACUUUCCUACCAUGGGAUGCCAGCCUGGAAGGUGUCUGGUCAGGAAGACUUUUCCCAACAGUUGUAUUCACGGAAAAUGCUGGCCCCACUGUGGCCGAGCUCCUUGGGUGUAACAGACAACUGCCAGUAUGUCACCCUGUGCCAGCCAAAGAAACAAGGCAGACGUAAGUACAGCCGGGACUUCCUGCUCCAGUUUCAUUAUUGCGAUCUUGCCUGUGAACGACCAGCACAUCUGGUCCUUUUGGAAGGUGUGACAGAUGCUAAACCAGACCGCCCUCCACACUGGUGCAAGCCUGCUGCCAUGGUGAAGGACCCUGAUCCUCAGCCAUUCGUCCCAAGGUCUUCAGGUAUUAUCCAGCAUGGCCUCAACCUGACCUCUGUCUACAGCCACUUCCUGCCACAGAGGGGACGCCCGGAGGUCACAACGAUGCCCAUGGGACUUGGAACCACUGUUGAUUAUAUCUUCUAUUCAGCAGAGCCUGUGGAGAAUAGGAACAGGGGGGGUGAUGCUGGGUCCUAAGUUCAAGGCUUGGACUUACGGCUUGUCUGAGACCACAUACUAGCCUUAGAAGGUGAUGACUAGAUACAUACAAUGGCACCACCUCUCUGCAACCUGAAACAGGAGAUAUGGUGAUGAAAGACUGCAUGUAAACACAUCCAGGAACUGUCUCUGAGCUGGUUUGGAUCAUGUCAGAAGGAACUUUGGGGAAGAGGUUAGGAAUGGAGAGAUUAAUUUGUCCUUAGGGGAGAAUAUGAACCUAUUGCUACAACUUAGUACCAUGAAGGGAACUUUUCAUGUAAGCAGCUGCAUGGUGAAUUGAGUUUGAUCAAUUCCUGUGCCUAGCAAGUAUAUGAAACAUUGAACAACAGCAGUAUAGGAUGCUCACUGCUUUCAUAUCUAGGCACAAAGCUGCAUGCAGUGUUUGUGCAGGCUGUCUUUGUUCAUUAGGGAAAGAAUAGGAAAGCAUUUACAGAUGUCCCUCUGUGAGUGUGUAGAGUUAAUCUACAGCAUCAGUCUCUGGCUGAUAUUU